AUUGCAUGUGUACUGUAUACAAUCUUAUAGUUCGGAUCAUAUAAAAAAAACAAUAAGAAAAAUGAAUAAAAAAUCUGUUUUGGAACAAAAUCGAAUGUCUCUUUAUAUUUGUUUCUAGCCGACCAAAAAAAAAACGAACUCAGCAUCAUGUCCGAUAUUUCGAAGGCAAACAUUGCUACAAUUCAUCAACAUCAUCAUUUUUCAAAUACAAAUCAUCAUGUUCAUUUCCUUACGGUCGAAGAUGUAACAAAAUUGAAAAAACCACCUAUUUUUGGUUCAGCAUUUGGAAUCGUUUGUUCAAUGAUUUCUGUUCUUUGUUUUUCAUUCAAUUCGGUAAUAGUCAAAUUAUUGAAUUCAUCAUAUCAAAUUCCGGGCAUACAGGUUCUUGUCUCAAGAUCGAUUAUACAGAUUAUUUUGUGUUCCAUUAUUAUGUUAUAUCGACGUUCAUCAUUAGUGCAUACGGAUAUGAAAACAAAUCUUUAUAUAUUUGGCAGAGCAAUCACAGGAACUAUGUCAUUAUGUUGUCUAUUUACCGCAUUCAAUAAAGUUCCCAUUGGAGAUGCAACUACAAUAUAUUUUUCAUCACCAGUUUUUGUUGCUAUUUUUGCCUACAUAUUUCUUCGUGAACCAUUUCGUUGGUUACAAUCGAUCACUAUAAUAAUUACCAUUAUUGGUGUAGGAUUUAUAACAAAACCAGCGUUUAUUUUUGGGACACAACAACAACAAUUAGAUCAACAUUAUUCACAGGAAAUUUUUGGACAAAUUCUAUCCAUCAUUGCCGCUAUUACAUCAUCAAUGACAAUGAUUUUUAUUCGAAAAUUAAAAUCCAUAUCAGCCAUUGUGAUAGUGUUCUGGUUUGCUAUUGCGGUCACAUUAAAUGGUUCAAUAAUCCUAAUUCAUUUACGUCUAUAUCGAUCAUUAAAUUGGUAUGAUCCAUGGUGUAUCGUACCAUUGAUAGUGAUUGGUUUGAUGAGCAUGAUUGAACAGUAUUUUUUUACAUUAGCAUUACAAUAUGAAGAUGCUAGCACAAUUUCGGUAACUCGUUCAUUUAACAUUGUAUUGGCCUUUCUUUGGGAGGUGAUUAUUUUUCACGAAACAAUUACAUGGACAUCAAUAGUAGGCGCAAUACUUGUAUCCUGUUGUAUUAUUGCCGUUGCUUUGGCCAAAAGUUAUCAACAAACCAAAUUGAAUUUAAAUCAACUAUUUCAAAAAUAUUUUAAAAACAACUCUUAAAAAUUUGUCAUCAAAAUGAUGGAAAAUUAC